GUAAAAGAGGACGUCGUCGUUUGGGAAUUAAACGGAAAAGUUGUAAAGCAGGCAAGCCGAAAACCCCAAAAGGCAGGGAAGUGGAAAGCGAUGGCGGCGGUAGGGCGUGGGAAGACGCGGCUGAGCAACGGGGAGCGGUCGGCGUACUUCGCAAGGAGAGAGGCAGCGAAGGUAUUAGGAAGUGUCCUCCAAGGCGAUGCUCGUCGCCAAGCAGUGGGCUCCAUAAAAUCUCUGAUAUAUAGGCCUUGUAUCAGAAACAAGAAGGCCACCUUCGCUCUCGUCUGCCAAACACUCAAGCAUCUUCCUAUUAUUAAGGAUGUUUUGGAUGCUGCUACCAUUCUCAAUGCCAAAUGGAAGAGGCAACAGGACUUAAUUUACAUUAUCACAUAUGACAUUCUUUUUGGCCAGGCCGUUUCAUUAGUUGGGGAUGCCGAGAAAUUUCUGAUGCACCAGAAAGAUGCUUUACAAACAGCUCUAGCACGCCUGUUAGUUAAGAAAAAAGUGAAGACCCCUCAAGAUUUGGUGGAUCUUUAUCGAAUUCCUGAAAUUUCAAAGCCUCGUUAUGUUCGUGUCAAUACUCUGAAAAUGGAUGUUGAUUCAGCCUUACUUGAAUUAGGGCAACAAAACAUGGUUAAAAAGGAUAACAUGGUUCCUGACUUGUUGAUACUCCCACCAAAUACUGACUUGCAUAAUCAUCCUCUGGUCACGAAUGGAAGUGUCUUUAUGCAAGGGAAGGCAAGUUCUAUGGUGGCAGCAGCUCUUGAUCCUAAACCAGGAUGGGAGGUUCUUGAUGCAUGCUCAGCCCCUGGAAACAAAACUGUCCACCUUGCCGCUCUUAUGAGAGGAAAGGGGAAGAUUAUAGCAUGUGAGCUGAAUAAGGAAAGGGUUAUACGUCUAAAAGAGACCAUUAAACUCUCUGGUGCCUCUAAUAUAGAAGUUCUGCAUGGAGAUUUCUUAAACUGCAAUCCAAAUGAUCCGUCCUUUUCCAAGGUUCGUGCGAUUCUUUUGGAUCCUUCAUGCUCUGGUUCUGGGACAGCCUCUGUGAGAUUGGACCAUCUGCUCCCAUCUAAUGCUGCAGGUCAUGCAGCUGAUGUUACUGAUACUGAAAGAUUGAACAAGCUUGCGGCUUUCCAGAGAAAAGUGCUCAUGCAUGCAUUAUCUUUUCCUGCAGUUGAGAGAGUGGUUUACAGCACAUGUUCCAUACACCAAAUUGAAAAUGAAGAUGUCGUAAAAUCUGUUCUUCCUCUUGCUGCAUCAUAUGGUUUUCAACUGGCAACUCCCUUCCCCCAAUGGCAGCGCCGUGGUCUCCCAGUUUUUGAAGGCUUUCAACAUCUUCUGCGAACCGAUCCUGUUGAGGAUGGAGAAGGCUUUUUCAUUGCCUUAUUUACAAAGAGAGACGACAAAAAUCACUCCGAAAAGCAAGCAACCUGCAGAAAUAAUUCCAAAUCUCUUGCCAGAGAUGGCUGUAGAUUUAGAAGUGGGAAGAAAAGAAUUGUAAUAAACUUUGCCCAUACUAAAUUGUUUCUGAUGUGGUUGCAUGCAAAACAGAGUAGGCGAAAAAGGGACAACUUCAAUACUGGUGGCUCGUAUAGACCAAUGACUACUGAUUGCUUUUGAAUUUUGAAAAUUAUCCAAGUUUUUGGUUUAAUUAUCUUUUCUAAAGAUGAGGUAUAGUCGCAGACAACUAGUAUGAAUUUCUAUCCCAGCGAAUUUUUUGAUACACACAGCCCCGCUUCCUGAAUUUGUAGUACUCAUUUUGCUACUGCAAAUCUGCUGUGAUUGUGCUCAGCAAGAAUAUUAGCUCAAAUAUGUUGCUCUGGCACCUAAUGGAUUAAGAUUUUAUGUUGCUCUUA